GCUUAGAGUCUGAACAUGUUUCUGUUAAAUAGAGUCACAGUAGCGUCUCCCAAAUUGGUGCGUUGUAUAAGCAGCACCCCUGCUUUGAGUGCUAAGGCCGAUAAGAUACUCGAUGCCAAGAAGAAGGCUAAGAAGCUCACAAAGUUGAGAAGACAACAUCAACAGUCUCCUGAAAACCAUCCUUUGUAUAUGGAUGUUCCAAAAGCUUUAAGAUACUUGCGUGCAGCCUCGGUUGGACAACCAUCUAGCACAGCUACUAUAUCUAUAUUGAUGACCUUGGUCCCUCAAAGAGGAUCCAAGCCAAUUUCUGGCUCAAUCUUUUUCCCAAACCCGCUUAAGUCUACCAAGAUUUUGGUGCUAACCGCCAAAGAAGAAACACAAGCAGCUGCCUUAGAGGCUGGUGCUACCGAUGUUGGUGGUCCAGAAUUAUUGGAGCAAAUCAAAGACGGUAAAAUCACUCUUGAUCAUGAUCAAGCUUUUGCUACUCCAGAUAUGGUUUCUCAUUUGGGUAAAUAUGCCCGUCUUCUUGGAUCUAAGGGCUUGAUGCCUAUGGCCAAGAAGGGUACUGUUGCUGAUGAUGUUGUCACUUUGGUUAAGAACAACUUGGGUUCCUUACCAUUCAAACAAAGAGAAAACCAUGUUGCCGUUCCUGUGGCUAGAUGUGAUUUCAGUGACAAGGAAGUCCUUGAAAACUUGAAGGCUGCAUCUGAAGCUAUCUAUGGCUCUCAACCUCCAGGAACUCACAAACCAAAUCUUUUGGGCCAAACCGUUCUCAACUCUACUGCUGGACCUGGAAUUGUCAUUGAUUUUAGACCUUAAUGUAUAUACUGUAAAUAAAUAGACACUAAAAUGAUAGAAAGUGUUUCGAUUGAGUAAAUGUAUUAUAUAUAUAUAUAUAUAUAUAUAUAUCUAUAAGUAACCUCAAUUAUCUCCAA